AUGGAUCGCUCAUCUCAGCGCACAACAGGAAACUUUGAUGCACGAGACGAGGACCUAGAACGCUAUGUGAAGCGCAAAAACCGGCUUUUGCGCAAUGCGCACGACGCGCUCGCCCAGUAUUAUACCAAAGAGCGGCCGGACCUAUUUCGUAUCGAACGUCUCUCCGGAGAGGAAGUCCCGAUCGAGCAAUAUUUUAUCGACUUGCCUCUGAUCGACACGAAGUGGAAUUCUGGUGGCCGAGGAGAGCACAGAUUCUCAGACGAGGACCCCUUCAAGGUCGAUGACCCACGCUCCUCAAACCUAGUGAUAUCUGUCGAAGAUCUGACGAAGCCUCGCGUUCUGCCAUCGAGUACUUGGGCAAUGCCUAAGCGUGUCCUGAUCCGUGGGCAUGCGGGCGUGGGGAAAACUACCCUGUGCAGGAAGAUCCUCCAUUUGUUCUUCUAUGGUAAGCCUUGGCAAGAGGCGUGCUUUUCCAGACUUGUUUGGUUUUCUUUGGAGAAGGCAAAGCAGUUCAGGGGGCCUAUGCAGUUUCUGGCGCAUGAAUUCGCCGGCGAUAAGGCGAAAUUUGAGUCGAUUAAAUAUGUGCUCACUGAAAACACCCUUCAUGGAACCCUGGUGGUGUUUGAUGGGCUUGAGCAUAUUGUCGAUCAUCUUGACCACUGGCAGUGGUUUAUUAAUCAUCAGACGUACGUUAUCGUCACCUCUCAGCCCCAUGCAUUUCUUCCAUCGCAAUUGAACAGGUUUGAUGUCGAGUUUCAGGUGGUAGGAUUCCGCGACGAACAGGUUGCGUUCUACAUCCAAAAAAUGGUUCCGCACAGCAUGAAGAGAUCUCGGAUUAUGGACUUUAAUGCAAAACACCCGAUCAUCAAGGAAGUGCUUCACAUUCCCGUUCUACUGGAUAUUAUUUGCUCUUUUUGGGACAGACGCGGGGCAGAAGAGACUCUACCGACGAUGACUGCUCUGUACGAAGAAAUGGAAAUGAAUUUGUGGCAGAGGGAUCUGGUUCGCCUGCGCAGAAUGACCCGAUAUAUGGAGUCCGUGCAUCGCGAUCCUAAACAUCAGAUCUAUGGAGUGUUACGCCACGAGAUUGAUUUUCUGAGAUCAAUCGCUUUCUUCGGGACAUACAAUGAUAUCACGGAAUUUGUACCCGACAACCGGUUCAAGUUUCAGUAUCAGAGCUUGAAUAUAAGGGAUGCGAGGUUGAAUGCGAUGUCUCUUUUAUGUAGCGCGGAUUCUGUCCGUAGCCAGGAUGAUCGUGAUCAUGGUCGCUGGGAACGGGACUACUACUUUCUUCAUCCUUCUUUUCAGCACUACUUUGCGGCGCAGUGUGUCGUGGAGUCCUGGAAGAUAGGUAAAGCGAUUAAAAGCUUUGAUCUGGAAUCAACGCAGAUCACCGUUCAACCAGAAGAGCUUUUCAGGAAAGAAAGAUCUAACGUGCGGUAUGAUCUUAUGUGGCAAUUUGUCAAGGGGAUGUUGGAAGGCCAGCAAGAUAAACAUUCGGACCGAUUUUGGAAGCUGGUCCAAGAGAAGCCGUGUGGAGGGGCUAGGAAACGCUGA